AUGGCGCGCUUUUCCGGCGUCCCUUUCUUGCUCGUCCUGCUGGCGUGCGUCGCCGCGAGCUCUGCCCACCGGGCCAAGCAGACCGCCUUUGUGGCUGGGCUCACCAACAAGACUGUGGCGUCGACUGUCCCGUCCAACGGCGACGUUACUCCGUACGGAUGCUUUGUCGUUCCGCGGACGGUUGGGAAGCUGCGUCGGGACAACGUUCUGAUCAACGCCGCGGAGCCCGUCGGGCUUUCCACCGCUCUAGUUGUUCUCCAGAGCGGCUGGGUCAUCGUUGGGAAUACGCCCACAACGGACGGCACUUCCAACACGAUCAUGCGAGGUUCCAUCUUUGUCUUGGACGCUUUUGGCACUGUGCGCGCGGAGAUUAAGAACUCGUUCAUCAACGGGCCUUGGGGAGCCACAGUCGCAGAGUUCCAAUCUGCCAGCAUUGCCUACCUUUUCGUGAGCAACGUUGUAGCGCCUGCUAACGGGACGAUCGUGCGCUGGACUCUCACCGACAUAAUGAGAGCCGACGACCGCUCUAGCCGGCCCCCCCGGUUCACUGACCCAACCAUUAUCGCGGACAAUAUCGGCGCGGUUCUUGACCCGGCGGCUGUGGUCAUCGGCCCGGUGGGGCUGGGCUACCGCAACAAUCAGCUCUUUGUAUCCGAUGAGGUCCACAACCGGGUUCUCCACUUCAAUAACGUCAUCUUCCGCGGUAACCCCGACACCAACCCGGCUGUCGUGACCUCCGACAACGCUCUUCAGCAGCCCAUCGGCCUCACCCUCACCCCCAAUCAAAACCAAGCACUGAUCGUUAACAACCUGAACGGGAACCUGGUUGACUUCACUAUCCCGGCCCCAGGCACUCAGCUGGCGACUGUGACCGUGUCCAACUUUGGCGCGGGAAGUCUGUUCGGUCUCGCUGCCACGAUCAAUCAGAAUGGCCAGAAGAAGGUGUACUUUGUCAACGACGGAGAUAACACGCUCAACGUGCUGGAGUGA